ACGCGCCCGUGGCGAUUCGCGUGGAGAAUUGAUCGCGUUCGCGCGCGUAGUCGCUGCGAAAAUCCCGCAUUACGCUGGAAGCCCGGCAGGCGCCAUUCCCCCGCCGAAGUGACUAACGGUGAAUUCCGAUCGACGGCGUGCAAACGCGCGGCAACGUGCUCCGACCGGCUUUUCCCUCCGAUUUUCUGCGCGCCGACUCCGUCUCACGUCGAGCAUCGUCGUCGUGAGUAUCACUCAAAAUUGUGUUCCUAACCAAGCAGAUCGGCUGUAAGAUCAUCCACUGUAGAGAUGGCACAGGAAAAUGAUAUGCCCACUUUCAAAUGCGUAUUGGUUGGCGACGGUGGCACCGGGAAGACAACUUUCGUCAAACGGCAUUUGACUGGUGAAUUCGAGAAGAAGUACGUCGCCACCCUCGGUGUAGAAGUGCAUCCACUGAUCUUCCACACCAACCGCGGACCGAUCCGUUUCAACGUCUGGGAUACAGCUGGUCAGGAAAAAUUUGGUGGCCUCCGAGAUGGUUAUUACAUUCAAGGACAAUGUGCCGUGAUCAUGUUUGAUGUUACGUCCAGAGUAACGUAUAAAAAUGUGCCCAAUUGGCACAGGGAUUUAGUCCGUGUUUGUGAAAAUAUACCAAUUGUCCUUUGCGGUAACAAAGUAGAUAUCAAAGACAGGAAAGUGAAGGCCAAGAGUAUUGUGUUCCACAGAAAGAAGAAUCUACAGUAUUACGACAUCAGCGCAAAAAGUAAUUACAACUUUGAGAAACCGUUCUUGUGGCUGGCACGUAAAUUGAUUGGAGAUCCAAACCUGGAGUUUGUUGCCAUGCCCGCUCUCCUGCCACCAGAAGUUACUAUGGAUCCACAAUGGCAGCAACAAAUUGAGAAGGAUCUUAAGGAGGCUCAGGAGACGGCAUUACCUGAGGAUGAUGAAGAUCUUUAGUUUAUUUAACAUUUAUUUAACUCGGUUGGCCUUUACAGAGGUAAGGCCUACACGAGUGCCUAUGGUUAUAUCACGUGCACUCGUACAUUUUCAUAGAGGUCGAAGAGUUUUUCCACUAAGGAACGUAACAUUUGUAUACAUUACUGAGUUCCAUUGCUUCGAUCUUGUAUAAUAUACAACACACCUUAUACAUCAAGAUCCACUUUUUUAUGUGCCCUUUCAUUUUCUUGUCCAUGUAUUUCUCUUCUUUCUGAUUUUUACGUCAUUUACGCAAGCAGGUGAAACGAAAAAUAUAAAAAAACCAUCUCUUGUUAAA